AUUAAUAUUGAUACUAUUUAUUAUCAUUUUAUUUAAUUUUGUUAAUAAAUGCAAAACUAUUUUGAAAAACUCAUAAAAUGUUGAACGAGAUACUAUCAAAUAUAGUAAUUAAAUUAAUAAACUCAUUAGUGAUCGCCUACACCUACACAACACUACCUCUGUAUUACUACAGACAAAAGCCAUGGCUUAGGCUGAAGAAGGCAAGGGAGGAGAGGGCCCUUCCGGAGAACCCUCUGGACCCGGGCAGCGCCUGGCGUCGCACAGGGAGUACCGAUCCGAAAGUGAGUGCACUUGAAGCGGGAACAGUGGAUUGUAUGCUGGAAACGGCGGCUAAGAAUUAUGGCAAAAAUUAUACGAUAGUGGGGGUUAAGGUGCACGACGGGGGCAAAUAUUUUUACGACUGGUUUACGUACGGGGAUGUGAUUAGACGGGUCGACCACAUCGCCAAAGGGCUGAAACUGGUGGGCGUCGGGGCCGGCGAUAAAGUGCUCAUAUUUGCCGAAACACGACUCGAAUGGAUAUUAUGUGCGUUCGCUGUCUUCAAAUUGGGUGGUAUUGUGACCACACUUUUCGCACAGUUAGGUCUCGACGGUAUUGUCCACGGAAUCAAUCAGACUCAAGUGAAGUAUGCGAUCACAACCAAACAACAACUCAUAAAACUGCGGUCAGUGUUGUCUCAAACACCAAGCAUUCAGAAGAUCAUAGAUAUGGACGGGCAGUCUAUGGGCGACGGAACCGUUGAUAUCAUGUCUUUAAAACAAGUGGAAAUGAAUGGCAAGAAAUCUGAUAUUAAACUCUCG